AUGGAAGCCGCAGUGGCCAUGGAAGCUACGAAACUACUCAAGCUGAGCAAGCAGUCUAGCGCAACUACUCGUAACCACUCUACCUCCAGCUGCAGCAACUCAGAGAGCUUGGACGGCAAGGAAAAUGAUGUGAACAACGGUCUCGGAUUGUCCCUGGAUACGUCUAGUGUCAGCAGCUUGCCCAGCAGGGAAAGCUCGGACUCUGGUUCGGGAACCCGCUCCCACUCCAUCAGCACGUCUGCGACGUCCAUACAUUCCGAGCAAUCCGCCCAUCUGUCGCUCUCUCCAGUAUCGAUGAACGCAUCCGACUGUCCGCUUGGGGUCAAGUCUAACGCCGCUUCCUACACCAAAUCGUCUGGCGUAGCUACUCCACUAUCUCCGCUACCAACAGCGGCAUUCAUAGCAUCGCGACACCGCCAGAUGUUUACCACCGCCAAGUCUGCACUCUUAAUAUUCUGCACCCUCCGCGGCCUUAGCCCGAUCCUCAAAUCACUUACCAAAUCAACAACCAGCGACUCGAUCUGGGCCAUGAGCUGCUGGCUAAUGGCCAUCAACAUCUUCUUCUUCGAUUACGGAUCCGGCGAGAAAAACAUUCCAGUUGGCGGAGCUGCUACCACCAAUUUCCCUGCCUCGCUUUCCACUAAUGCGGCACUCAUGGCCUCUACUGUGCUCGCCUCGCGCCUAAAAUCCACCUCGCAUGUCUUCAGCCUUACCCUCUUUUCAAUCGAAGUCUUUGGCCUCUUCCCGGUCUUUCGUCGCCAUUUACGAUCUUACUCGUGGCGCGGCCAUGUAUCUCUCACUGUCGCUUUGGUUCUUUCUGCCAGCGCAUCUGUAGGCAUAACGCUCCGGGGUGGCCUCUCCGGUGCCAUAAUAGGUAUCCUCAUCGGCAGCCCGUCAACAGCAUUGAUAAUGGGCUGCUGCAGCUGGUGGCUCAUCAGCUUACAGCGGUAUAAGAAUGUUGUCAUCGGGCCUUGGGAUCCUGCAAAGCCAAUCAUACGACGCCAUUGGGACUGA